AAACCGAAGCAAUGUACAGUCACUACCUACAAUAAUGGACCGAUCCGAUGAACUGUCCCAACUGUCUGUCAGCUUGCUGUGGACCGAACCAAUGCACAGUCACUACCUACAAUAUUGGUUUGAUCUAACACAGCAGCACUUAAGCUUACUCAUACUAUCUAGAACAUAUGAAGAGGAUAGUCAUCCCCUUCUGCCAGACUGAUUUCAGCCAAAUUUCAUAGGGUUGUGUAUCACAGAACAUACACACAGACAAAAUCCAUCCAAGUUGAAAAGUAGACCUUAAAACUCAUAUACGUGUAGAUCUGUACCAUGCAGACCACCAUGCAGAAAGGUGCAAAAUACGUCAGAAAACUUAUAUUUCACAUCUGGUGACAAUGCAGUGUAACAGCAGGAUAUAGGGAACAAUUGUGACAGAUAAAGGCAUCCUUUACCUGCCUUUGACCCCCCCAUAUGGCUUUAUUCGCACGCCACACACCCUCUUACAAAUGUUCUAAGGGUCCUUUUACAUGAGCCAUUGUAAGCAGAUGAUAACCACCGAUCUUGCCGACUUUUACAAGAUACCAACUGCAGGAUGGAGAAACAGAAGAUAGAGCUUGGAGCAUUGGAUAUCACACACCAAUCUAGGAGGACUUAAGGUACAAGAGAGGACUUAUAUGUAUUGAUUUGGAAUGCACAAGGCCCCUUUCCCAACAACAACCUCUCUCUAUUUGAAAUUCUGCAUUUUGUUACUUCUUGCUGUUUCAACAUUAUCCCCCUGUGUGAAAGGGAAUCGCCUGAUUCACAGCUACAAACAUUUGGAAGGAGAUGUACGAUGGCGUCGCUUCUUUUCUGCAACUCAUUACUUUCUAUCCAUUGAUCAAACAGGCCAAGUAAGAGGAAUACGAAAAUUCAGUACUAACAGUAUAUUUCAAGUUUACUCUGUAAAUGUUGGCGUGGUUGCCAUGCAUUCAGCUGGAACUGGACUGUACAUUGCCAUGGACAGUAGGGGAAAACUAUAUGGUGUGAAGGAAUAUGGGCCCAACUGUGAGUUCCAAGAACGCAUUGAGGAAAAUGGUUACAAUACCUACUCUUCUGUAAGAUGGCGUCACAAUGGAAACUUCAUGUACCUGGCACUAAGAGAGAAUGGGCUUGCAAGACUAGGGAGAAGGACUCGUCGCACACAUUACUCCACACAUUUCUUACCCGUAUCAAUAUGAACUUGCUGGAAACAAAGUUUGUAUUGCUCAAGCGCUCAGUCAUUUUAACAAAUAAAAAAAAAAUAAAAAAAAAAAACAAAAA